AUGGAUUCGUUUAACGCCAGCGGAAUGGACGCGUUCACGGUGAUCCAUCUGAAUUCCUCCUGGAGUCUGGACAGUGGAUAUUCUCUAGCAGCGAUAGCCAGCAUUGCGGCUCUUGUGAGUUUUCUCAUUCUGUUCACCGUAGUUGGGAAUAUUCUGGUGGUUAUUGCGGUGCUGACGAGCCGGGCGCUGAAAGCCCCACAGAACCUGUUUCUGGUGUCUCUGGCCACCGCGGACAUCCUGGUCGCCACUUUGGUGAUGCCGUUUUCUCUGGCGAACGAACUUAUGGGCUACUGGUAUUUCGGAAAAGUUUGGUGCGGCAUUUAUCUGGCUUUGGAUGUUUUGUUCUGCACUUCUUCUAUUGUUCAUCUGUGCGCAAUAAGCCUGGACCGCUACUGGUCCGUUACGCAGGCUGUAGAGUACAACCUGAAGCGGACUCCCAAACGCAUAAAGUGCAUCAUCAUCAUCGUGUGGCUCAUAUCUGCUUUCAUCUCCUCUCCGCCGCUCAUCUCUAUAGACAGCAACAAGGACCUCAGCUCCCCGCCUCAGUGCGAGCUCAAUGAUGACACUUGGUACAUCCUCUCCUCCAGCAUUGCGUCCUUCUUCGCCCCAUGCAUAAUCAUGGUGCUGGUGUACAUCAGGAUAUACCAGGUGGCCAAAACCAGAACCAGAACCAUGUCUGGGAAAAUCCCCAGGCCAGAUGGAGUGACACUAACUGAAAAUGGACUGAGCAAAGCCACCUCCCCUUACCAUGGCGAGAGAGAGAACGGCCACUGUCAGUGCCCGCCUACGCCCAGCCAACGCACCGUCACCAUCAUGCAACAUACUGAGGAUGGGGACAUGGAGGAGAGUUCCUCCUCAGAGGGCAAAGGUCACAAGCCCCAGCAGCAGGAGGACUCCCUGAAAGCCAAGAGGGCCAGCCAAAAGAAAAUCAGCAAACAGUGCAGUCGCAUCGCCAGGGUCAGCAACAAAUCCAUGGACCUCUUCACCUCCAGGAGGAAGCGCCGCCGGAGCUCCUUUGCCAGGAAAAAGGUCUCGCAGGCCAGGGAGAAGAGGUUUACAUUUGUCCUGGCGGUGGUCAUGGGGGUGUUUGUAGUGUGCUGGUUCCCCUUUUUCUUCAGUUACAGCUUGCGCGGUGUGUGCAGGGACUCCUGUAAGAUCCCCGACCCCCUGUUUACAUUCUUCUUCUGGAUUGGCUACUGUAACAGCUCCCUUAACCCGGCUAUUUACACCAUCUUUAACCGAGACUUCAGACGCGCCUUCCAGAAGAUCCUCUGCAAGUCGUGGGCAAAAUCCUUUUAGAUGGGAACUGCUGCACCACCGUGACAAUGACUAGGAACUAUCAACGGUAAAAAAAGAAGAAGCCAGCACAUGUUGCUCACUGUUAAGUCUCAUUGUUCUGUUGUAAUUCAGUCAUGACAGUGCACUCCUUCAACCCCCUGCUGUGUGUUCCUACAAGUUACUAUGAUCCCAUUACAGGCUUUAGCAGUCUGAAUAGUGAGCUCCAUCUUUCCUUUUUUCCCUACUGAAGUGUGCUUAAAUGCUUAAAGGCGUUUCAUUCUUGAUCAAGCUGUUUAUACAUCAAAAAGAAAAUGCACACAUGGCCAGAUUUAGCUGCUCUGGGGCCGCAGGGCAAAAACAAGCUCGAAAGCCCCCCUAAACACCCCUUAGCUGCUACCAUUCACUUUGCAGGUUAUUAUAAAUGUCUGUGCCACAGUAUCAGUCGGCCACAGAUUUAAACUAACAAAGGCCUAAUCAUUUCAACAUGUUCAUCAUACAGUACAUAAGCACAAAACUGAGAUAAUUUAG